GAGGGACUAGGCUGGGGGGCAAGGCUGGAGGGAUUGAGGGGCCCAGGCUGGAUGGCUGCGGUAUAGGCAUGAAGGCCUGGGAUGGAGAGCCGGGACGGGGCGCUGAGAGGGAGAGGUCGAGGCUGCGCAUCGAAUGGAGGGCUCCCCGCUGCGGGCCCCUACCGGACCCGGGGCGCUCAGAAGGGCCAGAUGGCUCGCAGACCGUGUCGCUCCGGCCUGGCCCUGGCCCCUCCCCUCUCCCGGAACUAUGACGUGGCAGUCCCCCUCCCCGCCAAGCCCCCUCCUCCCUUCUCCUCCUCCUCCUCCAUCCUUCCUCCAUCUGCGUCCGUUCCGGCCGGUCGCGCUAAGCCGAGCUCCCGGCUCGGGUCCUGCCCGGACCCCCACCCCACUCCCUGCCCCCUCCCCGACCCCAGUCCCCGGCCCCGGGCCCCCUCAGCCGGUCCCAUGCGUCGCCUCCUGCCUCUUCUUCUCCUCCCGGGACUCUUCGCCGCCUUCCAGCCCGACUGGAACAAGCUUCGUGGCCUGGCCCGGGGCAGAGUGGAGACCUGUGGAGGAUGACAGCUGAAUCGGCUGAAGGAGGUGAAACUCUUCGUCACCCAGGACAUCCCUUACUACCACAACCUGGUGAUGAAAUACCUCCCUGGAGCCGACCCUGAGCUGGUGCUGCUAGGUUACCAGUAUGAAGAGCUUGAGAGAAUCCCCCUCCGUGACAUGACCCGGGAGGAGAUCAACCAGCUCUUGAAGGACCUGGGCUUCUAUCGAAAAUCCAGCCCGGAUGCCCCCGUACCUCCCGAGUACCAGAAUGCCCCUGCUAGGCCCUUGGGAGAAAAGGCGCCCAAUCCAGCGCCCCACGGGGAUGCAAUACCCACUCGCCUGGAGCUCUAGGUCCAGGGACCAUGGCCCCCACCCUAGCUGGCAGCCGUGAAAUGGUGUUGCAUGCCAUGCUCCUUAACUGGAACUGAGGUGCCAGGGCCAUGCCCAUGCCCGUGCCCCUGGAGGGAAGGGCUGGCACACGGCUGGGGCCACACACUUCAACUUGCCUAACAUCCCUAUAGAGCUGGCAGAGCCCCUCAGGGUUGGGUGGGAGGCGGGACAAUGGGCGCCUGCUCCAGUCUGGGAGAAGCGGCGAGUAGGUCAGCACGGGUGGCGUGGGGACCCUGUCCACAGCACCCCACCCCCAUGUCCGGCCACCAGGGACAGGAUGAAGCGCUCAGCUCAAAGGCUUACUCUUGCUGAGGGCAGAUGGAUGCGUCCUUGGGGCCAGGCCAGGGGUAUGUGGAGGCUGGGGCUGAGGUCUUCCCCUUCCCCUUCCCCUUCUGUAGUAAAACCCCCCAUUCCAACCCAC